ACGCGGACGGUUAAGUGCUUCAUAAACGAGUAUUUUAUUCAUGGUAUCUUACCUCGGUUUGUGUGGUGUAUGAUUAAAUGAGAAAAGGCGGAAAGUGUCGACCGCAAAGUGAGUCGUUUGUGCAAAAUGGUACUAAAUGUGAGAUUUAUCAUCGUUUGCAGCCUGUUUAUUUCCCAUCGAGUGCAAUCAGCGAUAUCCCACACAAGAUUAGACAGUGCAUCGGCCGAAUCAAUAGAACAUUCCACGGAGUCGUUGGACUCAAUAGGCGGCUCUGCAGAACUGCACGAAGGAUCAGGAGAUGACCCACCAGGUCCGACUGCUGUUAGUAAGAAUGAAACAAGAGAAGCUUUAAAAUCGGAUGGCAGCGAACAAGACCCGGUGGUGUUUCUCGCAGACAAGAAUAGCUACAUCCCAGUGAGCAUCAAGCCACGCUCCCCCGCCGUGGAUUCCAGUUGGAGGGAACCCCCCGCCUGGGAGCGGGAGUACAGACGACAUCGCACCAAUGGUAGUAGAGUGCAAUAUAUUGAAGCGGAAUGUCAAGACGACUUCAUGAAGAUCAGAGUGGGUUUCAAUGGAUCAUUCAACGGCCUAGUCUAUUCAGCAGGUUAUUCAUACGAUCCCGACUGCAUGUACAUAAACGGUUCAGGUCGUGACUAUUACGAGUUCUAUAUACAACUGAACCGCUGUGGCACCCUCGGUAGAAACAGUCCUCACGAAGACACUAGGAAGCAUCCCACUAAGAACCUGAUGUGGAACACCAUAACAGUUCAGUACAAUCCUCUCAUCGAGGAAGAACUGGACGAGCAUUUCAAAGUCACUUGCGAGUAUGGAUACGACUUUUGGAAAACUGUUACGUUUCCCUUUUUAGACGUGGAAGUAGCGACGGGAAAUCCAGUGGUGUUUACUCUGCAACCGCCGGAGUGCUACAUGGAGAUCCGAUCCGGUUACGGCGCGACCGGCGCCCGCGUCACCGGCCCGGUCCGGGUCGGCGAUCCUCUGACGCUGCUUAUUUACAUGAGGAGUGCUUAUGAUGGCUUUGAUAUCGUGGUGAACGACUGUUUUGCGCAUAACGGAGCGGCAAAGAGGAUAAAACUUAUUGAUGAAUUCGGAUGUCCAGUGGACGACAAGCUGAUCUCCCGGUUUCGCGGCUCGUGGUCUGAGGCAGGCGUGUUCGAGACGCAGGUGUACGCCUAUAUGAAGACCUUUCGCUUCACCGGCUCUCCAGCACUCUACAUUGAAUGCGACGUGCGAAUGUGCCAUGGAAGAUGCCCGUCCCAACCAUGCCAUUGGCGUAAUAUGAAGAGCGUGCGAAGAAGAUCAGUAGAAACAGAGGCCGCGAGCGUUGCACCAAGGCUGUCAGAGAACAUCUCACUCUUCCAGUCCCUCCGGGUACUGCAGGAGGGAGAGGAAGAUGAGGAAUCUCGUGCAGUGGCAGAAGGGCAAACCUGCAUGCGGACGUCAGCGUUGUCAGCCAUGAUAGUUUCAUGCGGGAUUCUAGUGGCUGCUCUAUUGGCCGCGCUACUGGUAGCCGCCAGAGGUUGGCGACGAAGCGAAAACAGGACACCAAUACACGCUUAUGUUCCUCAUAAAGGACGGAUUAAAUAGAAAGCUCUUAUGUAUCUUUGUAAAUUAUUGCCCACAGAGAUUAAUAAGUAAUUAGAUCGAACAACUAUUAGAUCUGAGUGUAAAUUGUUGCGUGGACACGCUUCAUUUGAGUUGGCGUAGUUAAAAACCGUAAUGUACGUACAGACUAUAACAUGUAAUAAAACAAUACUAUAUGUAUACUAUAACAUAUUUCAUUGAGUUAGUAAUAUAGACGAAUCUAAGAACAGAGUUAUAAAAAAGUUUUAAAACAUGUCUUCAAAUCUAAACUCACCUUUAAAUAAUAUAUUUAUUGGGGAAAAAGAUGGCUUUCUAGUAAAUUAUUAAUUCUUCGUUCCCCACUGUCAGAUUGAUGCCAACUCCAGUGAAGAAUGUUUUUAUUCGAAAACUUAUUUCUUAAAGGCUUAGAUAUCGGUGUCUAAUGCCAAACCACCGCUUUAGUAGUCGUAUUUUUAUGCCUAUACAAUACGACUGCAAAAGCCAGAGUUAAUGAUAAUGCAAACCAUUGUAUGAUAAUUGAUGAGGACAAAUUGUGAUGAUUUGUAUUUUUAUAAAACGAAAUACAUCUCCUCCAUUUUGCCCUAUACUUAUCUCAAAUUGUGAUAGUCUUUUACGAGCUCAAAAGAGCAAAAAUAUUUUUAUACCUAAGGCUUUAUUCGCAAUAAUAUAUUCAUAUCGUAUUCUCCUGGUCUCUAUAGUUUGAGACGUAAAUUUUUGAAGAAUACAAUGACGUCUACUAAUACAAGUACGCUGGACCUGCGAUUGCCGACCUGUUUUUGAAGCAACUUGAUUUGCGCCAUUUUGGCGCUGAUAGCAGUAAUGAGCUACUCGGAACUAAAUGUUACGUAGUGCUGAGACAUCAGUCAACAUAGUGUCAACAUGAAGACCAUUAGACACAAAGAUAAAGUGUCAAUUUUAAUUUGCAAUACGCUCGGCGCUUCGAAUUGGCACAAAAAAUAACUGUCAUAUUGUACGGCACACGUCUUCCAGUGUACUUGUAUAUAUGUCCUUUUCAGUGGAAAAAUAUGUGUAAGAUACGAUUUCAAUAUUAAACACCUUCAGCACCCCGGUUCUGACAAGAAGUAUGGGACUUCCAUAUUUCUUAGAAUGGAAGGACCAUAGGAAGUUCAAAUGCAGGCUUAGUACGGACGAUAACUACUUGACUCACGAAUUUCUAUUUAUUAUUUUAACUUUUAAGAUUAACCUAAGUGAAUUCGUUCAAAAACUAUGAACAAUUGCCAUUGGUUAAAAAACUCCUGUUCUGAAUUUGCGGAUUUUUCUCUAAUAAGAUAAAUUGUCUCACAAUAACAAAUAUUUAUGUACAAACAUUUUUAGGAAAGUCUGUAAGAAUAAGGCGACACAGCAACACAAAAAUGUACAUAAUUAUUAUAUAAGUUAUUUUAAUUUUAAAAUUAAGUUAUAUAGAUAUAAGUUAUUUUGUACUUUCUAUUAAAGACAAAGUAAAAAUAUUAUACUAUAUGGUUUUUAUUUAUCACUUUUCGUCAUUCACGUAGUUUUAGUAUUUCGUACUCAAAAGAAACAUACGGUACCUUAAUAAAAAAAUAAAUUUACUUAUAAAAUUACAUGUUUGUUUGUUGAUGGCUACAGUUUGUUACAGUUAAUGGGUUUAAAAUGAAAAUAAGGUUUUAAUAAAGGAACACAGUAUAUUGCGAAUAUGCACACUAAUCAAAAUAAGUAAAAAAUCACAUCAAAACAAUUAAAACAGACACACA